AUGCAAGCCUGUCAGGUCGGGGCUUGGUUCAUUCGGAGAGGAAGAGAAAUAGAAGAAAGAGGAAGAAACAAAAAGAAAGGGAGGCAGGGAGAGAGAGAGAGAGAGAGAGAGAGAGAGAGAGAGAGAGAGAGAGAGAGAGAGAGAGAGAGAGAGAGAGAGAGAGUAAAAGGAGGCACGGAUGGAAGAGCAAGAGAAAUGUCAAAACAUACGCAUAUCAUUAUCUAG